AUGGUUGAGCGACGAUUCAUACAAUACCACGGAUCCAAACGCCAGAGAAGGGAAACUCAAAAUUUACAAGAUUAUGUAAUGUUUACAACUACUGAAACAGAAAAUGAAGUAGUAGAUUCAAAUACUACAGUUGAAGUAUACUGGCGAAGAGUAGCCUACAUGUCUGUUAUUGAUUCUGUUAUAAGAAACCUUAAGUAUAGAUUCUCCAAAGAGAGUUUACUCAUGGCAAGCUCAGUUGAAAGUUUUAUUAAAAUGGAUUUUCUUGCUAGUUUAUAUUUUAUAAAUCAUUACAAGAAUGUUUUAGUGGUAGAUAUUCAUGCUUUAAAAUCAGAAAUGACUGUAGCAAGAAACUGCAUGGAUACUAUUAAACCUGAUUUUGAUAUAAAUAAUAUAAGCAAAGUGAUCGAAAAACAUGUUUACCCUAAUCUUUAUAAGUUGUUACAAGUAGCAAUAAGUAUUCCCAUAAGUUCAGCGACUUGCGAACGAUCGUUUUCUUCUAUGAGGCGUAUUAAAAAUUGGUUACGAACCAGUAUGCUACAAGACCGUUUUACAAAUUUGGCAGUUCUCAACAUCGAGAGGGAUGUUGUUGACUUAUUAAAUAAUGAAGAUAUUUUAGAAGUGUAUUGUACUAAAGAUAGAAAAUUUAUGUUAAAAUAA